AUGAUCGCCAUGAACUCCUCCGAUACUAUGACAAACUAUGACAGUGACACAGCGAGCGAGGAACGAGCACCAUCUUCUCAACUAAAGACAAAGAUUCAAGCCAAAUUUCAGAUAGCCCGUCCGCCCCCAAAAUCUAGUCAACGACUCCGACUCAGCCCCAAACUACUCCUCCAAAUUCAGCAAUUACCAUCAAAUCACAGACCAGUUCCAGUACUAGAAAUCUGGCAGCCACCACUUCGGAAAUCCAAAUUGACAAGAGGCUUUCCACAACGCCCAAAGCUAAGCGCAAAAGAUCUCUACGCCACACUCAACGAGCCAUAUAUCACCAAAAAUGAGCGCCCAGACCAAGAGCAGUCUCAAAUACAUAACGAGCCCACAAAUCAAGAAAAGGAUAUCGUAGCUGCAAUGUGCUACCCACCAACGGGCGACAAUCCAUCAUCAUCGGCCAUCCAUUUUCGCGACGCGCGCUGUAUCUGGCAAGCCGUCUCCAGCCCAGCAGGACCUGGGCAGAGCACAUCCUGCUACAGAUUCGCCAUCAAGAACGAAGUAAAUAAUACUGGCGUAGACCAGUGCGGGAUGUUCAUGCAGUGGGAGAAACGGGAUCUCCCCAACACAGACGGAACAGCUGGUGCUGAAACCGAGCGGUUUGUGCUUCUGGCGAUUGACCGCAAGGCGCGCCGCAAGAGCAGGAUUGCGACGAUGAAUCGUGGUGGAUUUGAGAUUAAUGUGCGGAAGAGUUCGAUACUGGAGCAUUUAAGGGCUUGUUUGGCGCUGACGGAUCCUGUUGAUGGUGGUGCGGUUGGGGAUUCUUCUGUUGAUUUGGAGGUUUGGUUGUAUACUCAUGUUCUCACACUUGGUGUCUGGGUUGCUUCGCAAGAAGGCUGGUUGAAUUAA